UGGGCUUAACAAAGACUGAACACUACAUAUCCGUGAUUCGUUUUACUACGGUAGUUUGAAGGACAGACUAAAGGUGGGCAGAUUCUACCUGUGAGCUUAGUGUAUUGUCCGUGGGGUUGGACUGUGAUUUCAAAUAAAUAGGCUCACCAAUCUUUUCAAUAACGAAGCUUUUCAAUAUUCAUAAUGAGUAUCUUAGCUCACAAUGGGUCUGCUGUCAUUGCAAUGUCUGGCAAAGAUUGCGCAGCUAUUGCUUGUGAUCUUAGGUUUGGAGUUAAUUUGCAGACAAUUUCCACUGACUUCACCAAAGUUUAUCCUCUCGGACCUCGGCUGUACGUAGGGUUUCCUGGAUUGGCAACUGAUAAUCAGACAGUGUUUCAGCGUUUGCUUUUCCGAAAAAACAUGUACGAGCUACGUGAGAAUAGGACAAUCAAACCUCAAACUAUAACUACCAUGUUAUCUAACUUGCUUUACGAGCGCAGGUUUGGACCAUACUUUGUCGAGCCAGUAGUCGCCGGUAUUGACCAUACUACGAACAAACCAUACGUUGCAUGCAUGGACUUAAUCGGCUGUGUAUGUGAGGCCAACGAUUUUGUUGUUAGCGGCACGUGUACAGAACAAAUGUAUGGGAUGUGUGAAACACUUUGGGAGGAUAAUAUGAAUUCGAAAGAGUUAUUUGAGUGCAUCUCACAGUGCAUCUUGAAUGCCCUCAAUCGCGACGCUGUAUCUGGUUGGGGUGCCCGAGUUUAUUUAAUGAUCGUAAAACUCAUUCCUUGCAGUUUGUACGUAUAGUAGCUUUUGGAUAUUUUCCAAUCACUCAGAUUCUUGAAGACAAUAAAAACAUUAUUUUAUUGUCUCGUCGUUUACUACUUAUCAUGAUACUUUUCUUGCUAUUUAAUUUUCCAGAGAAAAGGACGCAGUCACGAUUUCCGACUUGAAAAUGCGUAUGGACUAGGUUAAUGAAAUAUAAGUUACAUAUUUUGCUUGUUAUACUCUUUUUUAUUAUUCACACUAAUUUGUGGUACAGAUUUCCACUUUGCAUUUUCUUACUUCCAGUUUUCUAAGAACAGUGUAAACAAAGAUUUUUAAUGUAGGUUUAUAUGUUUAUACUUUGCAUUGAGUGGUUCUAAGACAUCACUGCUGUA